AAUCUCCUGCACGCGAAAUUCUUUGCUCGCUUUUGUCCCGGAAGAACAAGAUUUCUCAUCGUGUCAGUUGUCGUCACCCUUCGUGCCAAAACAACUUCUUUCUAGACCAGCCCAGGCUGUAAAAUGGCUGGAACAGCUUUAAAAAGACUCAUGGCUGAAUACAAACAACUAACCCUCAACCCUCCAGAGGGGAUUGUAGCUGGGCCUGUAAAUGAAGAAAAUUUCUUUGAAUGGGAGGCUCUGAUUAUACUAAGAAUCGGAGUCCUAAAGUGUCUUUAUGGCCGGGGCAUUUCCUCUGGUCCCGCUGAUGGAUGUGUGGACACAGCGUUCAGGGAAGUGGGCCCAGAUAAAGGUCUUCCUGCAGGUGAGUUUGGUGUGUUUUCUGCAGUCUACCCAGAUGGCCGUGUGUGUAUCUCAAUCCUGCACGCUCCUGGUGACGACCCCAUGGGCUAUGAGAGCAGUGCUGAGAGAUGGAGUCCCGUGCAGAGCGUGGAGAAGAUCCUGCUGUCUGUGGUCAGCAUGCUCGCUGAGCCCAACGAUGAGAGCGGAGCAAACGUGGACGCCUCAAAGAUGUGGCGUGAGGACAGAGAGCAGUUCAACCGACUAGCUAAGCAGAUCGUGCGCAAAUCUCUGGUCCUCUGACACACUCACACUCCAGGACAGUGAGGAUUGACAUUUACAAGGAUCAAACUCCCCACAGAAGAGAAGAGUGUCUGUGCUGAGUGUAGUGUACUACCCCCUACCUCCACCAGUGUGAGCACUUUAUUCUCAUCCAGGCUUUCAUUCUCUCUUCCCAGUCCUCCCCUCUCCUGUGAUUGGGUGGAUGCGUUGGACAAAUGGCUUUUGAUGAAGAAGGUAAAGCGACAUACAUUCACCGGACAGUGUUCUAAAAGAGAGCCAAGCAUCAUUCACUGAAUAAGUACACAAACCAAUUAUUCACAGCCAUUUUGGGCUGCCGGUUUGUCUGUCAUGCCUGUUACCUGUCCAUAGUUAAGCAACGGAAUGCAGCUUCGGUUUGCUGACAGUAUGCUGAUGCAUGCUUUAAUGCCUCAUUCUAAUAAAAUGCAUCGUGAGGCAGUGACUGAGACUAUCACAUCCACUUACAGAUUCUAUUAAUGAUCUUUUAGAAAUAAGGAAAAAGAUCAUGUCUAUGGAUGCAAAUUUAAUAAAUGUUCUAAUUAAAUACAUUUGAUUACAUUUAAUAUGAAAAUGUUUUGAAAUUUGGUAAUGCACAGAUAGAUAAGUGGUUUUCACUGUGGCUUUUUACUUUUAUGGAGGUUUUUAGAUUCAGUAGUAACAAGCUGGAAUCAUCCAGCCUUCGGCAGAAAGACAGACCAAAAUAAUUGUUGGAUUUACACCGUCACUACUUUCAUUAAAAAAAUCUUUCAAUUCUGUAUUUGACUUUUUGCUUUUCAUCUGUUCUCAAGGAUUGUAAAGCCAAUAAAAUCAAUAAAUGUUUGUGA